AUGUAUCCAGGUGUCCUGAUUGCCUUUAUCUUCUUGAGCUGGACCCAUUGUUGGUCUCUGCCUCUGCCUAAUUAUGACAAGGAAGAGGAUAUGUCUGAGGAAGAUGUCCAGUUUUCAGAGGACUACCUAAACUUACAUUAUUAUCCUGAGAGUCCUACUAGACUCCUGAAAAAGACAGCACAAACCUCUGAGGUUGAUAGACUUCGAGAAAUGCAGUCUUUUUUUGGCUUAAAAGUAACUGGAAAACUGGAUGCCGAGACUAUGGAUAUGAAGACACCAAGAUGUGGAGUCCCUGAUGUCGGUGCUUACAAUUUGUAUCCUGAUAAUCUCAAGUGGUCUAAAAUGAAUUUAACCUACAGAAUUGAGAAUUAUACCCCUGAUCUGAGGCCUUUUGAAGUUAACAAAGCUAUCGCAAGAGCCUUCAAAGUUUGGUCUGAUGUGACACCUUUGACUUUUACCAGACUUCGUGAGGGCACUGCUGAUAUCAUGAUCGCUUUUAUAAGUCGAGUACAUGGUGACAUCUACCCAUUUGAGGGACCUGAUGGUCUGCUGGCUCAUGCUUUUGCUCCUGGGCCAGAUUCUGGAGGAGAUAUCUAUUUUGAUGAUGAGGAAACCUGGACAAGUACUUCCAAAGACUACAACUUGUUCCUUGUUGCUGCCCAUGAAAUUGGCCACUCCCUAGGUCUGCAGCACUCCACCGACCCAGGGGCACUCAUGUAUCCCCGCUAUACCUACAUUAGCAAAAAUGAGUUUCUGCUUCCUUAUGAUGAUGUUCAAGGGAUCCAGUCUCUCUAUGGUCCAGGAAACGAUCCCAACCCUAACCAUCCUAAAACACCUAACAACUGUGAUCCUUCCUUAUCACUUGAUGCCAUUACAACUCUCCGUGGAGAAAUGAUGAUCUUUAAAGACAGAUUCUUCUGGCGCCUGCAUCCUCAGCUGAUUGAGCCGGAGCUCCAUUUAAUAAAAUCAUUUUGGCCAGAAAUUCCCAAUUAUAUUGAUGCUGCAUAUGAGAAUCCUUAUAAUGACGUGAUCUACAUCUUUAAAGGAACAAAAUUCUGGGCUCUUCAUGGUUAUGAUAUUUUGAGAGGUUAUCCUAAAAAAAUACAUGAACUGGGAUUUCCAAAAGGGGUUAAGAAAAUAACCGCAGCUCUUCACUUUGAAGAUAGAGGCAAAACUCUCUUUUUCUCUAAAAACCAAGUCUGGAGCUAUGAUGAAAUCAACCAUGUUAUGGAUAAAGAUUAUCCCAAACUAAUACAAGAGGAAUUCCCAGGAAUUGGUUCUAAAGUAGAUGCUGUCUUCAAGAAAAACGGUUAUAUCUACUUUUUCAAUGGACCCACGCAAUAUGAAUACAGCAGGUGGAGCAAUUAUGUCCUUCGUAUCUUGCGAACAAACUCUUUAGUGUGGUGUUAA